ACACGUCUUUAACGUAUCAUAUGCUUUACAAAAAUUGAAAAAGACGAUUAGAAAAUCGCUAUCGAUGUUGUCAGAGUCGUCCAAUAGGGCAAGGACAAGUUUUAAAUGAGACUUUAUGUGACAGUUGGCCAUAAAACCAGUUUGUGUUUCAUUUAUAAUCUCUUCAAGACAGAAUCAGGGGUUUCUUUUGUUACUCGUGUUAGCUGACGUCACUUUUGGAAGACCGGUUGCGGUGUCUUCCUCCGUGGGGUCCCGGAAACAUGGAAAUCUUGGACUUUCUAAUUCUAGGAACGAGGGUGAGAACCGAUAAAAUCCCAAAUUUACCCCUUAACCUUCCUAUGACUAGCAAAUGCCUGACGUAGGGUAACAGUUAUCUUGGCCAUAUAGCCAGCUAUCGCUACUAUAUUCUUGAAAUGGAAAAAAGCGAGCCUCAUCGAUGAAACUCGUAAAUUUUUCGGGGGCGCAGAAUAGUGUUUGUGUGUAUGUACUGGAUGAUUUCUAGCCCUUUGUGAUUAAUGGGAACGGCCGUGUCGCAAUUUGGAGUAACCACAACAGUUUUUGGACCCAGAACCACUGUCACAACCUUAAAAGGUGCAGUACCCUGAUCUAUCAUCAGACUCAAAUAUUUUUAAUGGACAACUAUUUGAAAAGGAUUUUUGAUGACUGUUCAACUCCCAAAUACCAAAGGAUCCAAUUUUUCCAGCAAAGACACAUCAUAUCCUAUGAAGGAGUGCUUGUUUGGUUUGGAAUUUUUUGGAUGGGUAAAGGGAAAAGAAAAAUUUCAAACUCUUCAGAUGUGACUUGUUGAUUUGUUUGUGGUCCAAACAUUUUAUUUUCUCGUGUAUUUUUAUUUUUUCUAAAAGUUACUUUCUAAAAGUUUACUGGCUGUUUGAAAAGAUUUUGGGAUUGGAGAGGUAUAGCUAAAAACUCAAGGCCGUUAGCAUGCAUGGAUUAUUGAUAACAUGGUAGUGAACUCAAGUCAGUGGCGACAUUGUGAUCAUAUUGAGUAAUCUUCACUAAAGAUGGCAGAUUUCAACCUUGACUGUUCUCAUAUUAUCAUUCUGAAAAUGAUUUGGAAUAAUAGAUUUUUUUAAUUGUUCGGUAUCAUUCUGCAUAUGGAAAUGUAAUUGACAUGGAUACCAAAGGAUUUUAUCCGAUGUGUUUUCAGAAGUUAUUUUCAUUUUUUUGGUCAAUCUCGUCACUAGUGGAACUCGGUUCAGGCAGUCAGAAUCUACAUGUUGUUAAAUGUUAGAGAUGCCCACAGGUAGGAAAAUAAAACUACUAGAUUGGUACGUUUCCAGGCUUUUGUAUCUAAAAUGAAUGUUGGACUGAAACGGUUAUAGAUGCUCUGAAUUCCUAUCAGAGUUUAGUUGUUGGUAUGACUGUCGAUGUUGUAUGGGAAAAAAAAAAACACUGGGAAAUUUUCCAAUUUGACUUUAAAACCAAAUGCUAUCAAAUGGAAUUGCCAAGAAGGUUUUUAAGUUUUUCCGUUUAAUGAAAUACAUGACUGUACUCCCUUAUUUUGAUCAAUCCACUGGACCAAAUGGAACAUGUUAAAUUACUGCACAAAACAUAAUUCAAACUAAAAUUGGUCAACACUCAAUACGUUGUUUUUGUCUGGGUAAAGUUAUAAUUGCAUUUUGUCCAACAUUUUAACAAGUCUUGUUUGGAUGAUACAUGUGGAUAUUGUUGCUGGAACGUUUUUUUUUUUCCCCCUCCCAGCUUUUUUUUUUGGGGGGGGGGUAGCCAUGGGGGAAAAGACAAUAGAUCAGGAUUUGUGUUAUUCCUUUUGAAGGUCAUGUGUUUUUGACUCACCAAUGGAGAACUAUAUUAUCUAUCCCAUAUCUUUUGAGUUGUUGAAUGUGAAAUGUAGGAGGAACGUUUAACUGAAUGACGACUCCCUCAGCAUUGCCGCUGAGGACCAAAACAUCACUACGCACAUAGGCAGGCAUGCCUGGUGGCAGUAAUAAGAGUGAAGGGCAGGGUCCAGCCUCCUCUCCCCUACCCCAUUCUGUCAUCCUGUCCAACAGAGCACCGCGACCGUCACGCUAUCUCCCUGUGUCAGCAGCCACUUUCUUCUUUGUUGGCUCAACCACACUGUUCUUCUGCUUCACUUGUCCAUGGCUUUCAGAGCAUUUCUCAGUUGCUGUUCCCAUUUAUAAUGGCAUCAUCUUCCUAAUUGUUUUGGCCAACUUCUGUAUGGCUACGUUUAUGGACCCAGGCAUCUUUCCAAGAGCUGAGGAAGAUGAGGACAAGGAUGAAGACUUCCGUGGUCCCCUUUAUAAAACUGUGGAGAUCAGAAGGAUUCAGGUUAGGACGAAGUGGUGUUCAACUUGUCGCUUCUACCGACCGCCACGUUGCUCUCACUGCUCAGUCUGUGACAACUGUGUUGAGGACUUUGACCACCACUGUCCAUGGGUCAAUAACUGCAUUGGCAGGAGGAAUUACCGAUACUUCUUCCUCUUCCUCCUUUCACUGACUGCCCACAUCAUUGCUGUAUUUGGCUUUGGGUUGCUCUUCAUCUUCUAUCAUCACCCUCACAUUGAUCGACUGAAUACGGUUAUCACGCUGGUUAUAAUCUGUGUUGCAGGCCUGUUCUUCAUUCCUGUUGCUGGUCUCACUGGUUUUCACAUUGUUCUUGUGGCUAGGGGCAGAACUACUAAUGAGCAGGUGACAGGAAAGUUCCGAGGAGGAGUUAACCCUUUUACCAAUGGGUGUUGGAAGAAUGUCACUCAUGUCCUCUGCAGUUCACAGGCACCCAGAUAUUUAAAUAGGAAGCAGUAUGUCCAGAGCCUGUGUGUCCAGCCUCCUUUUCUACGGCUACAACUGAGUGGCACCCGCCGAAAUGCAAAGAUCCUGAACACUGGUUUACGAGAUCUACAUAGGUCCAAAUCAAGUCUGGAUAGGCAAGAGAGCCAGUCAAAUGAUUCUGAACCUCCUCCGACGAAACCAGAACUUCGCUAUCCUGGAAUCACAAGAGGGAGUACUCAGGAUUACAGUCUACUCAACAGAACACCUCCUACCCCAGCUAUGUAUAAAUACAGACCGACCUGUAGUCCUGGAAAGAACCACACUCCACUGACCCAUGCUUAUGCUUACCAGUUAAGUCGUGCAGAGGGAGAUGUCAGCAGUAGGCAUUCCUCUUUUUCAACUUCUUCACCUGUCCAAUCCAGCCAUCAACCUGGUUUCUGCUCACAAUCAAGCCUGGACCAGAGGGACACUUCUUCUGACAGAGUAGGGGGAGUACCUGGAGGGGAGAGAAAAGAGGGUAGAGAUGUAGGAGUCAUCCCUGGCUGUGCUCUCACAGGGCAUGCUUACCCCCCAUUUUCUGACCCUGGGAUCCUCUCAGGAGUGGCUUCACAAUCCUCUAGUUCCAUGCAAACAUCAGCAGGCACUGUCCACAUCACUGAGGCAUCCAUUACUUCACACAGCUUCAAGAGCUCGGCAAAUCAGACACCAAUACCUCACGACCCAGCACUGAACGGAAGCCUGUCAUAUGAUAGCUUCAUGGCUGGAGGUGAUGGUUUUGACAAAAAGGUGUCAGCAGGAUCUAAAAUUACUGAUGUUUCAUCUGGGAGUUCCUGCUCUGCAGUGGCAGGUGGCUACAUCUCCUCUUUCCAUUCUUCAAAACCUAGAGCUGUUGAAAUGCUUUCCCAGUCUCCCCAGUGCCAAUACUCCCUCAUCCAUCGGUCAACCUCUUCUACAUGCUCCUCUCCUCCUGAGAGAGAGCAACUAUUGGUGGAACCUCCAAGAAGCACUCACCCCUUGCCUUUCUGUCAGACCUCUGUGCCACCCACUUCCUCUGUUCAGCAUCCACCGCAUAAUUACCACCACCAUCACUUCUAUAAUCCCCACCAUAAUCACCAACACUAUUCCUCCUCUACAUCCUACCCUUCCCAUUUCAUUGCUCCUCAACUGCCCCACCAUCUCUACCCACACCUCCCAUGUGCCACAGAUACCGCUUUGGGCUUGUCAUCUUGCACAAACCAACCUUCCCAUUCCCCACACCGUCCUCCACUUGGUAAAUCAUUGUCCUACUCAAGCGCUGCUGCUGCUGAAAUGCAGUACCAGUUAAUUCGAAAGGCCUCCUCAACAGCUGGAGCAAACGCAGCAGGGAUAGCAGGAGGAAUAAAUGCACCUAAGGUUGAGACAGACCAGACCGAACUGCUGAGUCAGAUGAAUGACAGCAAGCCUUUUUUACUUUGCCAUCCUCCUUUGCUUUCUUUGCACCCCAUCAAGUCAACCCAUCGACUGGAGCGACUGAUUACAGCUCAGAAAAUAUUCAACUGUUAACCCAUCACCCUCUGGUUACUGGUCUGAAGAGGUUUGACCGGUGGUUAGGUUAUCUCCUUUGAUUUGUCUGUGUAAUUUGCAGCAUCAUAUUGAGAUUCUAAGCAGACCACUGAUUGACUCUAUCGCACUGAUAGUACACCAAGUAAAAUUAAAUGAUUAUAAAACAAACAAAAUGAGAGUAGCCUGUUAUUAAAAAAACAAAUAGUCAGUUGAACAGGCAAGGGCCUACAAGUAAAGUCAUUUUUUUUAGCUCUUGGAUGAACUGACUCCAUCUGUCUGUGGUUCUUAAAGAUAGCUACUUGUUUCAUUAAGGCAAGUUAAUUUUCAUACAAGUAAGAAUGAACAAAUGCUGAGUCGCCUUUUUGUUGUUCUUAGAUGUGAAUUAAUUAGGACAGGAUAAUGUGAUUUGAAAUGUGAAUGUCCUUAUUCUACUUUUAUUGAUUAUGUGGCAUGCACAGUGAUUAUUAAUCACCACUGUGGGCAAUUUUGGAAUCUGGAGAAGGUUGAGUGCUUGAAUUUACAGUCAAAGAAUUUAGGUAAACCACAAAAAAAACCCUCUUGUUCUAAAUAACAUCGAGAAAACAAGAUUGAUAUAUUUUAUAUACACACACACACACACUGUGGUUGCCUCCCAGAUCCCUAAAACAAGCAACAUUAAUUGGACACUCUAAAUUGCCCCUAGGUGUGAUUGUGAGUGCGGCUGUUUGUCCCUAUGUGCCCUGUGAUUGGCUGGCAACCAGUUCAGGCUGUACCCUGCCUUCUGCCUGUUGACAGCUGGGAAAGUCUCCAGCCUUCCUGCACCCUUGUGAGGAUAAGCGACUAAGAAAAUGGAUGUAUGGGGGUAUAUAUAUAUAUAGAGAGAGAGAGAGAGAGAGAGAGAGAGAGAGAGAGAGAGAGA